CAUAGCGGACAUGCAGAGCCCCCAGGACCGAAUGAUCCAGGUAGUGAAGUGGUACCUGUCGGCGUUCCAUGCCGGUCGCAAGAGCGAGGUUGCGAGGAAGCCCUAUAACCCCAUUCUGGGAGAAGUCUUCAGAUGCUACUGGGAGGUCCCGGGGGUGCGUCCAGGAGGGGAGACUGUGCCAGACGGUCCUGUUCCUUGGGGUACGAGCAACAACCUGUGCUUCGUGGCCGAACAGGUCUCUCACCACCCCCCCAUCUCUGCCUUCUACGCCGAGAACAAGGCCAAGCGUAUCUCCUUCUGCAGCCACAUCUGGACCAAGUCAAAGUUCCUUGGCCUGUCCAUCUGUGUGUACAAUAUUGGCCAGGGCUGUGUCUCCGUCAUGGAGCAUGAUGAGGAGUACAUCUUGAACUUCCCCAGUGGUUACGGGCGGUCCAUCUUGACUGUUCCGUGGGUGGAGUUGGGAGGAACUUGUCAGAUCACAUGCAACAAGACAGGUUAUAGUGCCAACAUCGAGUUCCUCACAAAGCCAUUCUAUGGAGGGAAGAAGCACAGAAUAUCUGCAGAGAUUCUGAACCCUGGGGAGAAAAAGCCAGUGUUGACAGUGGAAGGCGAGUGGAACGGCGUAAUGACAGCUAAGUGGAGAGACGGCUCGACAGAGACCUUCGUUGAUACGCAGAGCAUGGCCACGGUGAAGAAGAUUGUGAAGCCAGUACACGAACAGGCCCUCAACGAAUCACGGUUCAUGUGGAGAGAGGUUACAGCUGGACUCAAAUUCAACCACAUUGACCAUGCCACAGCAGCCAAGUGCGCCCUAGAGCAGAAGCAGCGCGAUGAGGCCAAGUACCGCAAGGAGAACAGCAUCUCUUGGGAGACAAAGCUUUUCAACCUGGUGGGAGACAAUUGGAUCUACAACUCACCACUUCAGAAGAGAUUAAGCCAGUGAUGCCUUGGGUGUCUGCUCUUUGUACCAGGGGGCUAAUGUCCAUCCCGAUCGGUCGUGGCUUCCUGUGCAUUUUAUUUACUUCAGGUAGUGGCAUUCAUGGAUCAGUAUAGUGGCGUGUGCUUGCAGCAGACGCACUGGAGGAGAUUUUAUCUUUUCUUUUUAUUAUUUACUUUCCCCCUCCAGAAAGAAUUUAUGGUAUUAACAAUGACCAUUGCAUAAAGCAUUCUUUCAAGAAUACAGAAAAGCAAAGGUGAAAUAAUCAUUCCAGAUGAUUCAAAGUGCAAGCAUUGCAUCUUAGUCCACAUGUUAGGAUGUGCAGCAUUUUCAGCUGGGAGGUGUUGGUGGAUGUUGUGUGUGAUGAUCUUGGGGUUUCUGGCAGGAAAAGAAAAAAACGAGGACCACAUGUUGCAUUUUCUUCCCAUUGCCGUUGUUUUGACUGAGCAAAGUGUGUCAUUAGCAUGGAAUAGCAAUAGUAAAUAAUAACUGGUAACAUGUGAAUGGUGAAGCUGUUUUUUCUAUGCAAUCAAAACUCCUCUAGCUUUAAGAACUUAAGAAAAUUUACUGUAUGUGAGAUAUUUAUAUUAAAGAAGAUUACUAGUAAAAGAAGCGAGAAGUAAUAGGGUGGAGGAUUUUGUUGACAGAAUAACAAGGGGACUGAAAUUGCUCAAGGGGAAAGGGAUGCUUUUCCCGAGCAUUCGAAGUCGGGUAAUUUAAAUGUGUGUAAAUACAUUUGUUGUAGAUUUGUGUGUGAGACAAGCAUGAUGAGAAGUCUUAUCAAAAAUCAUUAGUGUACAGUCUGUCCUUACCCACUGAUGAAAUAGGUGCCAUAAGCAUUUCAAGGUUCCUUCAGUUUGUUUGUUUUUUGUUUUUCCAAGAAGAAAAAGGGUGAAAGUUGGUGAGCCAGCCAGAAACUUAACUGGAAAGAAACAUGAUUGAUGUGCAUUUAUCCCUGAAAACCAUAAUAACAUGCAAAGUCUUCUACCAUACCUGUGAUCUAUGCAAGCCCUAAGAAGGGAGACAGGAAUGCAGUCUUUAUAUAAAAGAUAUGAUACCAUACAUAGCACCAUGUCAGUUAAACUGGGUACCAUUCUGUGGGAACCAAAUUGUAUCUCGAUUAAUAUUUGUCAAUAAUCUUAUUUUUGGACAUAAAGCCUCAAGGUCCAUUUUGAAGGCAGAUCUCUACACAUAUGAAUUUCUCAUGAUUGCAAAAAAAGCCACCUUUUUGCUCCCUGUUUCUAAUCACUUCCCCAGAAUUUGCCUGUUUUUCAUGAGUGUUGGAUUUGCAAUGAUUUGCAACAGAUUCACAGUUUGUAACAAUUUACAAAGCAUUACCAGAAUCCGAGUGAUAUCAUUGGGAAACUGCAUUAAACUGUUUUCCAUGAUGUGUGUGCCUUGGGAAAGAAGAGUCUGUGCUGUGGAAUGAUUGUUUUUAUUACAUAUAUAUUUCUUUUCUUUUUUCACCAUUAACAAAAGUGAUCAAGAGUAAAAAAUGUGUGUUUAAAGGAGCUUUUUUUUUUUCUUUCUUUCUUUUUUUUUCUCAGACGAUAUCAUAGAUUUUAAUUGUUUAUCUUGUUAAUAUUCAGAGAAAUGCAAUGUUGCAUAUCAUUGUCAACAAGAGGGUAUGCACUUGCAAAAGGAACAUCCAGCAGACAAAUGGAAGGUUUGGCUCUUGUGAUACUCUGACCUCAAAAGAAAAAGACUAAGAUCUUAAUAACUAAGGGUUUUAUGAGUAUUAAUUGAUUAAUAUUGUUUAUCUUUCCUUUUUUUCUGAAAUAUUUCAACUUGUGGAAGUAUUUUCUCAUAGGAUUAUUGUUUUCCUUGUUUCAAGGGAAUGAUUGUUUGGAUAUCGAAUGUUAUUUAUAUCUCAGUGCUAUACUGUAGGCCAUGGUAUUCACACACCCGUAAAUACUGCCUUACAAUAAUAGUAAUAUUAAUGAUUGAAAUUAUCAUAAUCAUAAUAUUAAUAAUGAUAAUAAUAGUAAUAAUGCAUACAGUGAUUAUUUGUUAUUGGAGAUUUAGGUAAUAAAAAUGUGUAAUGAGUAGGGAAACUUUAAGUGGAGUUUCAGAUGAUGAUUGUAUUUAUUUUGUGGUCCAAAGUCUGCAAAAUGAUUCAUGAAUAUUCAUCAGAGCUUAAGUAGUUGGUUGACCUCAAAAUGUCCUCACUCUCUAUGUAUUGUUGGUGGUGUUUGUCAUCCUUGUGGCUUUACAAAAUGGUAAUUUGGUGUAGGUGAGUUUGGCAAGAGUGAGAGUGAGAGAAAUGGUCUGAGUUUGUGAUUUCUUUCCCUUUUUUACCACUGCAGGUCAUCUUGGCUCUCCAAGAGUGAUUACAUGCCAUUGCAGGAAAUGUACGUUAUAUACAGAUUAUGCAAUAACAAAGUGAUAGUAAAAUUAUUACAUAUCUGCCUGAGGGGUUGGGGAUGUGGGAUGGGGACAGGGUGGGGGG